AUAGGCCCACCAUUACGAUUGGACACCCAAACGACCCCUACUUCAUGGAAUUACUUCAGUUCUCGGUGAACAUUAAAGUGCAUGCAUCACGCCUUAUAUAACAAACACACGGCUCUGAGACACAUUUCCAAGAGACACUAUUCAAACAAACAAACAAACAAGCAGAGGACGCCUGCGCGCUCUCCACUACGGCCGCGCCUGCGCACUGCGUAAGAUCCGGGCUCCGCUCAGCGGCAUGAACGCCAGUUUUCAAGAUGGCGGCGGAGGGAGGAGGGAAGGAGACGAACGAAAUCAAAACUCAAUUCACGACCCGCGAAGGCGUCUACAAACUCCUCACCCACUCGGAAUACAGCCGCCCGAACAGAGUGCCCUUCAACUCGCAGGGCUCCAACCCCGUCAAGGUGUCGUUCGUCAACGUCAACGACCAGUCGGGCAACGGCGACAGGAUCUGCUUCAAUGUGGGAAGGGAGCUCUACUUCUACAUCUACAAAGGCGUCCGAAAGGCUGCUGAUCUUAGCAAACCGAUAGAUAAGAGGAUAUACAAAGGAACGCAGCCGACAUGUCACGACUUCAACCCCCUCACGGCUACAGCUGACAGCGUCUCCCUGCUUGUGGGCUUUUCAGCCGGCCAGGUGCAGCUCAUCGACCCCAUAAAGAAGGAAACCAGCAAGCUAUUCAACGAAGAAAGGCUGAUCGACAAGUCGCGGGUCACCUGCGUCCGGUGGGUCCCCGGCUCCGAGAGCCUGUUCCUGGUGGCCCACUCCAGUGGGAGCAUGUACCUCUACAACGUGGAGAACACCUGCGGCACCACGCCGCCCAACUACCAGCUGCUCAAGCAAGGGGAGAACUACGCCGUGCACACCUGCAAGAGCAAGUCGGCCCGCAACCCCCUGCUUCGCUGGACGGUGGGCGAGGGCGCCCUCAACGAGUUUGCCUUCUCGCCCGACGGGAAGUUCCUGGCGUGCGCCAGCCAGGACGGCUUCCUGCGCGUGUUCGGCUUCGACGCCGCCGAGCUCCACGGGACCAUGAAGAGCUACUUCGGCGGGCUGCUCUGCGUGUGCUGGAGCCCCGACGGACAGUACAUCGUGGCCGGCGGGGAGGACGACCUGGUGACCGUGUGGUCGUUCUCGGACUGCAGGGUGAUCGCGCGCGGCCACGGGCACAAGUCGUGGGUGAGCGUGGUGGCGUUCGACCACUGCACCACCAGCGUGGAGGACAGCGACCUCCCGGCGGAGUUCAGUGGCAGCGACGAGGAGUACCACGAGCAGACUAACUUUGGGGUGGGGCGGGACCGGGCCAACAGCGCCCAGUCGCGGCUCUCCAAGAGGAACUCGACGGAUGGCAGGCCGGUGAGCGUCACCUACCGUUUCGGCUCGGUGGGCCAGGACACACAGAUGUGUCUGUGGGACCUCACAGAGGACAUUCUCUUCCCACAUCUUCCCCUAUCUCGGACCAGGACUCACACGAAUGUCAUGAGUGCCACCAGCUCCCCUGCGGCUGGCACCGUCACCGCUGCCACCACCACCGCCGCCGCCGCCUCGAGCGGGACGAAUGGCAGCAAUACGGGGAGCACUAGUGGUAAUAACAGUGGCAACACUACUAAUUCCCUUCCGGCCACCCUGCCGCGGUCUAACAGCCUACCACACUCCAACCCCCAAGGGGGCACUACACCCAACAGCCACCCGAGCAGCAACAGCAGCACCACCACGGCAACCCCCACGCCCACGCCCACCACUACCACCCCCGCCAGCAAGGGCGGCAGCAUCAUAGACAGCACCUUCAUCGCAACGGGGGUGAGCAAGUUCGCCACGCUGUCGUUGCACGACUCGCGCAAGGACCGCCACGAGAAGGACCACAAGAGGAACCACAGCAUGGGGCACAUCAACAGCAAGAGCAGCGACAAGCUCAACCAGCUCAGCUCCUCGCGGACGGCCAAGGCCGACGCGGCAAAGACCCUGGGGACCACCCUGUGCCCCCGCAUGGAGGAGGUGCCCCUGCUGGAGCCGCUGGUGUGCAAGAAGAUCGCGCACGAGAGACUCACCGUGUUGAUAUUCCUGGAGGACUGUCUGGUCACAGCGUGUCAGGAAGGCUUUGUUUGCACAUGGGCCCGGCCCGGGAAAGUGGUUUGAACGGCUGUUGAAGACUUGCCUCUUUCCGGAUGAUGACCCCCCCCCUCCCACUUGUGUGCCAACUACACCCCUCACCUUUUUAAUGUAUAAAAAAAAAAAAUCACUGCCUGGUUGGUUAUCAAAGUGUCUCUGCCUGUCUUGUCUUUCCACAGGGAUUGCUCUCAUCCCAGAGCCACACGGCCACCCCUCCCAGAGGGACCGUAGUAUAGCCCAGGUGCUGCUGGUCCACAGCUCCACAGCCCGACUAAGGGUGUUGAUCCGGGCCAGGCCCCGCAGCGCUGCUCCGUUAGCACACACCGCGAGCGCCGUCCCCGCCGCCGCCAGGAUGCCCCGACACUCGGGUUGCUUUACAUUCAAUAGCAAAUAAUUGGCCAAUCUGGUCGAAACCUGCAGCUUACUGGCCGAGAGAGAGAAGGGCAUUUGGGAGUGAGCAUGAAAGGUGGUCUAGGAGAUCGUAAGGGGAGGGAAGUGUGUUGGUGUGUUGAGUGUAAUCAAAUAGGCAUCAUUUAGGAAAUAGGCUAGACUUGGCCUGUUGAGGGGCCUGUUGGUUUAGGAGUAGGCAAGGCACAUCUUCAUGUAAGCUUUGACAUCUGUGCAAGCUUACAUUGUACGUCAGGAUGACCAAGGCGUGUGCGUGCGUGUGUGUGUGUGUGUGUGUGUGUGUGUGUGUGUGUGUGUUGCACCUAUAUCAUCUAAUCUGCCAUGGACUGCAGAUAAUGAGGGAAGACGGCAAGGGGUCGCUUUAGUCCCGGGCCUCGGAGAGUGCGGUGGCUUCUCAUCCCUGUGUUGUUCCUCAACUACAGAAAAGCUUUUAAACCUAAUCAGAUCACCCAUCUUAACUAUAUUUUGCACUGUUUGUUGUGUCUGUCUUACUGUUGGGUUUUCCAUUCAUUUACGAUUUGGGAUGAGGUGCGUCGACACGUGAGCGAAUUCAAAUCAAAGACGGCUUCAGAAGCACUUCACACAUGACUCGUGUAACACCCCCCCCCCCUGCUCUCGACGCUGGAUGCUGCAAUCUGUUUUUGUCUUUAUUUUUUAGAAAAAUUGUUUGCACUUAAUAGUUUGAGGAGAAUGGCUUUACAACUGAGUGUCUAAGGACUUCCUGUUAGGGUUGUUGAAAUAUAGGAUUAAAAAACAUUUGUAUCUAUUGAACAUAUAUUUUAAUAUUGUUUAUGAUUAAAUGGGUUCUGUAUUAUUUAUGUAUAUAUUGUAAUUCUAUGAUUUAUGGGUGAAAUGGUUAUUAAACUAGUAAAUUUCAGAAAAAAUAGCGAUAUUUCUAAUACAGAAAAUAUACAUAUUAAAAAUGAAUAACGAAUAUGCAGGUUAUGUUUUUUUUGUCUUCUGUUGUAUAUAAGAGAAUUCAGGUGUAUUUUUCCUUAACGAAAUGUUUAUAUAGAAGAAGAGUCUAUGAAAUCCUCUUAUUUAACAGGUAGCGCUGACUACUAGCAAGCCUGUUGCUGCAGAUGCUAAUGACCUAGGCAGGUAGGCGGGUCUUCCGCACCCUUAUUCAGCCAUCACUCAGAGCUCAGGUACACCACAGGUUAAGGCAAACAUAGCCCCUCCCAUCAGUUCGCAUCAGUCCCAUUCGGAAAGAACCAUCGAUGUGAAAUCACUUAGACCGAGACUGAUAGAGCGCCAUGCGUGCAUGGGGGCAGUGGGAGCUCAUAACAUACGCUGAACUGGUGAACCGUCAGUUGACACUGUGUCCAUUAUUGACGAUUGUCAAUACUGGAUGGGGGUGUGUGUGUGCGUGGGUGUGCUUAAGGUGAACGACUUCAUGAGGAAAUCUUAGUGGGAGCCUUUUCCUCAAUGUGACGCCUAUUAAACAGCUUUGACUGACCAUG